AAAUAAAGCACUGGUGCGCAUCAACACAUCACAGAAUUUGCGCAGAUGGCAGUUUCCAACCAGGAAGUAGAUUUCCUAAACGCGUUUUAGUGCGUGAACUAGGAAAUCUGUGUAUCGGAUCUAAUUCAUUGACUCUGCUUUGACAUCAUGACACUCCGAGCUUGUGGCUUUAUAAUCUUCCGCCGCCUGGUACAACAUCCUUUCCCAGGGAACAUCGAGUACCUCCUCCUUCAAACGUCUUAUGGAGAACACCACUGGACUCCACCCAAAGGUCACGUUGAUCCUGGAGAGGACGACCUGACCACCGCAUGGAGAGAGACCCAAGAGGAGGCGGGAUUCAGUGAAGAGCACUUACGUGUGGUCGACGGCUUUCUGCAGAGUUUGCAUUAUCAAGUGCGGGGGAAGGAAAAGGAGGUCGUCUAUUGGCUCGCGGAACUUCGUGAACCAGGCACGAAGGUCAAACUGUCGGACGAGCACCGAGACUACCGCUGGGCCAGGUUGGACGAGGCGUGCAGGCUGGCGAAGUAUACGGAUCUACAGGACACUCUUAAAAACGUGCAGCGCUUCUUGGAGAAGGCAGAAAAGAAACAGUAAAUUCACAUGAACUGUAAAUAAUGAACGUCAGCGUCAGGCCUGUUAUUCAUUUGCCCCUCACUAUUAUUCAAAUACAUUAAUCAUUUGUGGUAAAACACCCAAAAAUUGUCUUAAUGAUGGUGUUUUAUGUUGUUUUAUCGAAGGUAAAAAAAAACUGCAAAAAUCUAAUAAAGUAAUGCACUUUGUCAGAGA